AGAUCGUUAAAAUCAAGAGCUCUGACAUAUAAAUACAAAAUCAAAAUAUAACAAGUACACUCUAUGUAAUCAGAAAUUGUGUCGAAUAAAAAUAUAAAUUCUGGUAAUUAAGUGCGGAACUUGGCUUGAAAAGAUGCAUAAAGAUGAGCAAGCAAUGAAACUGCCUAUCUCGUUGGACCUGCCAAAAAAUGAAUUGGAAGAACUGAUAGAUAAAGCAAAGGACUGGGCGCUUAUGCAUGGAAUGUGUUUGAGAUCGAAAGUCAAUUUCAAUAGAGAUGUCUUGCAGUUUGCACCAUUCGCGCUUUUUCCAUCGCCGUUUCCUAGAGAAGAAUUCCAAAAUGCUUGUGACAUUCAGAUUAUUUUGAACAACCUUAUACACAAAGUAGCUCAUGAUUAUGACUUUUUGAAAGAAACUUUGCAAGAGAUUACAAAAGUGGAUGACUUUACUAAAAAUUUGUUUGAAAUUUAUGAAACUAUUCAUAAAGAAGGAGCGGCUCAGAAAGUAUCCCUUGGCAUACUACGUUCAGAUAUAAUGUUAGACACAAGUUGUUAUGAGAAAGACAACAAAAGUCUCAAGCCUCACUGUUGCUGGAAGCAGGUCGAGAUAAAUACAAUUGCUUCUGGAUUUGGUUGGCUAGGACCUGUAGCUACGCAAUUUCAUAAAUUUAUCUUGCAAGAGCUUAAUCAUACUGCUGAACUGAAAAAUCUUCCUGAAAACAACGCAUUGCAAACAUUGUGUUCAGGCAUGAUAGAAGCGUGGAAUUUAUACGGCAACUCACAGGCAGUUAUUUUAUUUGUUAUUGAAGAUGUGACGUAUAAUAUCUGCGAUCAGCGUUUCCACGAGUUUGAAAUACGAAGACAGAAUCCAAAUGUCAAAGUAAUCCGCAGAAAUUUGACGCAAUUAGCACUCACUGCAAGACUAGGUUCUAAUAUGGAGUUAAUAGUAAGCAAUUACGUUGUGUCUGUCGUCUACUACAGAUGUGGCUAUGAACCAGGUCAAUAUCAUACUCAGAAAGAAUGGGAUGUAAGAUUGCUGAUUGAGAGAUCGUUGGCGAUCAAAUGUCCGAGCAUUCAAUAUCAUUUAGCUGGUACAAAGAAAGUUCAGCAGACACUUGCAAAACCUGGUAUGAUCGUGCGUUUCUUGAAGGACGAGAAAACAGCGGCAAAAGUGAAGGAAAUAUUUACUGGCCUUUAUUCACUGGAUUUUGACGAGCAUGGCAAUGCUAUUGCUGAAAUGGGUAUCUCAAAUCCUCAGCGUUUCGUGUUGAAGCCACAGAGGGAAGGCGGUUGCAAUAACUUGUAUGGGACAGAUAUAAAAAACUUUUUAGAAUCUGUGAAAUCUGAACGGGCUCGAGUGGCAUGGAUACUCAUGGAUCGGCUUUAUCCUCCAGUUCAUAAAAAUUACGUUGUGAAACCUGGAAGUGAUGUGGAUCUAGAGACAAAAGAGUUGGUCUCCGAGCUAGGAAUAUUCGGCGUUAUCAUCGGAGAUGAUAAGAAUAUUAUUAUUAACAAACAAGGAGGUCACAUGUUGAGAACAAAAUUAGCCAUUGAUAACGAAGGCGGUGUGGCGACCGGUAGAGCUGUGCCGGAUGUUAUACACGCAGUGGCCAAAUACGAAGUGGAGCACGAGCCCCGAGAGAUCUUUUUCUUCCGCGAGGGUAGCAUCGUUAUGUGGAACGUUUCCGAUCUCGAAUCUGGCAAUCUGUUGCAAUUUUUGAAACGUUACGAACAAAAUUGCUACACGGAAGAAGUGAUUCACACCGAGACCGAGUUCAUGAAUUACACUUAUGCAGAUUCUGGGAAAAGAAGCCACUUGAAGGACGGCGACAUUAUUCUGGCCGAGGGAGCUGGAAACCUGGACAAAUACACGUUCUCGAACGCCAUGGCGCAGUCUGUCAAAUUAGGCAUCUGGGAGGCAGCGUUGAAUCGCUACGUCGACUCGAUCGAAUUCGUCACCGAAGACUUGAAGGCCGGCAGAAAGCUUCGGAUGACGCAGCAGGAGGUGUUGAGAAAACAGGGCGAGCUAUUCGCCCUUCGACACCGGAUUAAUCUCAGCUCGGAUUUGCUGGACACGCCCGAUUUCUACUGGGAUCGAGACGACUUGGAGAAUUUGUACCAGCAAAUCUGCGGAUACUUCAGCAUUGCGAAGCGCACAAGAGUAAUGAACGAAAGAUUGAACCACUGCGUGGAACUAGUCAGCAUACUUUCGUCGCAUUUGAGCGAUCGCCAUCACAUCCGCUUGGAGUGGAUGAUUAUUAUACUCAUUAUGGUGGAGGUCGCUUUCGAAAUCCUGCAUUACAUCGAACGGUAUCUUGUAAAAUAGUGUAAUCCAGUAAUAUUGUCAUUUGUUUUAUAUGAAGACAGAAUGAUGUAGAUUUAUUAUACAUAUAUUUUUUAAAUAUA